AUGGCGUACGUCGUGAAGAUGGCUGUGGCUGUGGCAGCAAUGCCGCUCCUCGGAGCGCUUGCUCGUCCGUCCUCUCCUUCAGUCUGUCUCAAGCGACAGAACGACACAAAUUUGCUGCCGAGCUACGACUACAUCGUUGUUGGCGCCGGUGCCAGUGGACUUACUGUUGCUAACCGCCUUUCGGAAGACCCUGCCGUAACUGUUCUUGUUAUCGAGGCUGGUGAUCUUGACGCGGGCGAGGAUUACGUUAAGAUCCCUGGAUUAGCUGGCGGCGCCGUUGGAACCAAGUACGACUGGAACACGACCUACGCCGCAAACGACGCCCUUGGAGGCCGGUCUGUCUCGAUUCCCCAGGGAAGAGUUGUUGGAGGUUCAACUAAGCUUAACCGCAUGGUAUUCGACCGGGGCUCAAAGUCUGAUUACGAUCGUUGGGAAAGCCUCGGAGCCACAGGAUGGAACUGGGAUUCUUUGCUUCCUUAUUUCAAGAAGAACGAGAAGUUCACACCCCCGAAGGCCGACAUCGUCUCUGAGUGGGGCGUCCAGGUUGAUGAUGCUGCUCACGGCACCGAUGGGUUGAUGCAGGUCACCUACUCGCCUUUUUUUUGGCCUACAACUAAGUUCAUGAUCGACGCUGUUAAGGAGCUUGGGAUCACCGUUGCGAAGGACCAGGCCAACGGUAGCCCGAUUGGAGGUUACUUUUGCCCUCACAACCAGGACCCGACUUCCUCCACUCGUUCCUCCGCCAGAGAGGCUUACUACGAUAACUUCACUGGACGCAAGAACCUCCACCUUCUCACCGGGCGCCAGGUUACCAAGGUUGUCACCAGCGGGUCAGGGGAUGCCAUUAAGGCUACGGGCGUUGAAUUUGCCGCCAGCAAGGGAGCUCAGGCGCAGACUGCCACCGCUGCCAAGGAGGUCAUCCUGGCUGCUGGAGCUCUGCACUCGCCCCAGAUUCUUCAGGUUUCCGGCAUUGGCGACCCGGCUCUGCACACCAGCAUCAACGUCCCUACUGUUGUCGAUCUCCCCGCCGUUGGCCAGAACCUCCACGACCACGUGAUGUUGACUGUUGUCAACACCAUUAACACCACUCUGCCCGUUGGCUCUCUGCUCCAAAGCAACGCCACCUUCGCCGCCGAAGCUAGAGCCCAGUACGACAGCCAGAAGAACGGCCCUCUCAGCUCUCCCACCGGCGACUUCCUCACUUUCCUCCCGCUGUCGACAUACUCCAAGGCUGUCGAUACCCUCAGCUCCGAGGCGUCCGCCCAGGAUGGAACCACUUUCUUGCCUUCAGGCGCCCCCGCUGAGGUGGUCAAGGGAUACCAGGCACAACAGAAGGUCCUCAACGAACGUCUCACCGCCACCGACUCUGCACUCCUCGAGUUGAUUUGGGCCGAUGGUGUUGUUGUUCUCGGUCUUCAGCACCCCUACUCCCGUGGCUCCCUCAAGGCUGCUUCCUCCAGCACUUUCGAUGCUCCCACCGCCGACUCCGCGUUCCUGAAGAACCCCCUCGAUGUUUCUUUCUUGGUCGAGGGUGUCAAGUUCGCUCGCACCAUCGCCGGCACCGAAGCCGUCAAGCCCCUUCAGCCCUUCGAGGUCGUUCCUGGCGCUAACGUUACCACCGACGCUGCCAUCACCGAUUUCGUUCGCCAACAGAGUGGUACUUUGUUCCAUCCCGUUGGUACCUGCAAGUUGGGCGCAAGAGAGGAGGGUGGUGUCGUUGAUGCCAGCCUGAAGGUCUAUGGCAUCAGCGGACUCCGCGUUGUGGACGCCAGCAUCAUGCCUCUUGUUCCUGCCACUCACAUUAUGACUACAGUCUAUGCUGUUGCUGAGAAGGCUGCCGACAUCAUCAAGGGCAAGACUGCAUAG